AUUCUGUCAACAUCGAUUGUGGUUAGAGUAAAAUUGAAAAUAAGUCCAAUUUAGUACGCAUUGUAAAUCUUUCAAUUAUCGUUCGAUAAUUAAAGAUCCAUCAAAAGACGGACUGUUGGAUUUAUUGAAAAGAUUCCACACCAUCGAAUUUUCCAUCAUUCACAGCAUUUGCUUUAUAGGAACCACAUUUGUUAGUGUACUGUUGCAAUAUGAAAAGGCGUUCUCAAGUCCGUAUUCAUGAUGAGCCAAAAAAACUGAUAAAAUUGUCCCAAAAUUCCGCUAAAAAUGGAGAAAAAUCGGCAGUGAAGGAUGAACCCCUGAAUCUAACUGAUCUGGACGACUAUUGCUUGGAAGUUAUCUUCAAGUACCUGCCAUUGGUCGAUUUAUUGAACAUCGCUCAGUCGAAUGAACGUUUUGUGGCAGAGGCACGUUUGUCAGCAAGGCGAUUGUUUCGUGAAAAAACGGUUAAAAUCAACACUUCAAGCAUCGAGAUCGUUGAACAACUACACGAAUGGAAUUGUGUUGAAAAUGUCUACGAUAAAAUUUGCUUCAAAGAAAAUCCAAUGCAAACAAUUUCAAUGUUUUUCAAAAAUUUUGGUAAUGCUAUUACCGACUUGAAGGUUGUGAAUAAAUUCCAAAUUGAUGAUGACACAACACUCGGCCAAUUCAUCGACACGUACCUAAAGCAACUGGAGCACUUCAAGCUGCAGUGUCACUUGGAUCAAAUGCAGUCGAAACUUGAAUCGGAAAUGGUCGACAGUGAAAUCAUUCAGAACAUCAAGAAGCUGAUGACGUACAGUGUGCCACGCAUCCAGUUCACCAGUCUUCUGCAAUUGGAAUUAAUUCAAGUGGUGAACACCGUCGAUUUGAACGAGAUAGUCGAUUUUAUUUGCCAAAAUCCGGGUUUGGUUCAAUUGACGAUGAAAUAUGCUGACUGGAGCCGAUAUCAAUUUUCCGAUGAACAUAUUUCGAAGAUUAUCGACAGUUUGCCAAAUUUAUCGGAAUUGUCACUCGAACAUGAUACGAUGUCUGCUCGAGGUGUUGAAUAUAUUCUGACCAAUUCGAAGUCACUCAAAAAACUCCGAUUGUUUGUCUACUGCAAAGUAAUCGGCUAUGAUUAUUAUGACGACUAUUUGUUUGCCAACAUUGGCACCGAUUGGAAGGUCACUUUGGAACUUUUUGACGAAUUUAUUUACAGACUGGAAUUUAAUCGUACAGAUUAAUAAAAAAAACUUGAAAAUGGACAAAAAAUUGACGCACCGACUAAGAAAUAUAGUAUAGAUACUUAUAUUCGGUAAUGUAUCACCGAAAAAAAACAAGUUAAUCAGUUUGAAUGAAUGACAUAUACGGUUUACAGUUGGAAUUUUGAAUUUUCCAUUAAAAAAAAUUACUGUA